AGCUGGUCUGCGUCUGGAAAGCUGGAAAGCUGGUCAUGGCGUGGUCCGUGGCAGGUUUCAUGGUCCUGCUGAUGAUCCCAUGGGGCUCUGCUGCGAAACUGGUCUGCUACUUCACCAACUGGGCCCAGUACAGACAGGGGGCGGCUCGCUUCCUGCCCAAGGACGUGGACCCCGGCCUGUGCACCCAUCUCAUCUACGCCUUCGCCGGCAUGACCAGUCACCAGCUGAGCACCAUUGAGUGGAAUGACGAGACUCUCUACCAGGAGUUCAACAGCCUGAAGAAGAUGAAUCCCAACCUGAAGACCCUGUUGGCCAUCGGAGGCUGGAAUUUUGGCACUCAGAAGUUCACAGAUAUGGUAGCUACGGCCAACAACCGUCAGACCUUUGUCAACUCAGCCAUCAGGUUUCUGCGCAAAUACGGCUUUGAUGGCCUUGACCUUGACUGGGAGUACCCAGGGAGCCGGGGGAGCCCUGCCGUAGACAAGGAGCGCUUCACAGCCCUGGUGCAGGACUUGGCCAACGCCUUCCAGAAGGAAGCUCAGACCUCAGGGAAGGCACGUCUCCUUCUGAGUGCGGCGGUUCCAGCUGGACGAACCUAUGUGGAUGCUGGAUACGAGGUGGACAAAAUUGCCCAGACCCUGGACUUUGUCAACCUGAUGGCCUAUGACUUCCAUGGCUCUUGGGAGAAGGUCACGGGACACAACAGCCCCCUCUACAAGAGGCAAGGGGAGAGUGGUGCAGCGGCCAGCCUCAACGUGGAUGCUGCUGUGCAACUGUGGCUGCAGAAGGGGACCCCUGCCAGCAAGCUGAUCCUUGGCAUGCCUACCUACGGACGCUCCUUCACCUUGGCCUCCUCAUCAGACACCAGAGUGGGGGCCCCAGCCACAGGGUCUGGUACCCCUGGCCCACUCACCAAGGAAGGAGGGAUGCUGGCCUACUAUGAGGUCUGCUCCUGGAAGGGGGCCACCAAGCAGAGAAUCCAGGACCAGAAGGUGCCCUACAUCUUCCGGGACAACCAGUGGGUGGGCUUUGAUGAUGCGGAGAGCUUCAAAGCCAAGGUCAGCUAUCUGAAGCAGAAAGGACUGGGCGGGGCCAUGGUCUGGGCACUGGACUUAGAUGACUUUGCCGGCUUCUCCUGCAACCAGGGCCAAUACCCCCUCAUCCAGACGCUGAGGCGGGAACUGAGUCUUCCACACGUGCCUUCAGGCACCCCAGAGCGUGAAGUUCCAACACCAGGUCAGCCCUCUGAACCUGAGCAUGGCCCCAGCCCUGGACAAGACUCCUUCUGCCAGGGCAAAGCUGAUGGGCUUUACCCCAGUCCUCAGGAACGGUCCAGCUUCUACAGCUGUGCAGGGGGGCGGCUGUUCCAGCAGAGCUGCCCAACAGGCCUGGUGUUCAGCUCCUCCUGCAAAUGCUGCACCUGGAAUUGAGUCCCUAAGGGCCCUCCAGCCCCAGGUCUGGAGCUGGGCCUGGGCUCACUCCUCAGCCUUCCUCCCGGGUUUUCCCUGAGGGCUGCGAUCGGGCUCCUGCGGGCCUCUCUGUGGUCUUCCUUUAUGCAGCCUUUCUGCUCUCAGCCUUGCCUUCUUUUUUUUUUCUGGGUCUCCUGGGAUGCCUCUUUCACUUGCAAAAUAAAUCUUUGGUUUGUACCCGUCUCCCC